AGUGUGCGUGUUUGGGACGAGAGGGGGAGAACAGGGUUUGAUCCUAAGCGAGGCAAAAGUACGACCAUUGAGAGAGUGCAAGUAUACAGCCUAACACAUGGGGUGUGGAUUUGAAUAGAGGGAAAGUAAAAGUGUCGUCGGCGUGACUUUGUUCUGGUUACUUUGUUUUUCCUCUCUCCUCUCUUUGCCAUUCCCCCUCCGCCCUGCAUUCCGCGGAGCAGCUGCGUUUUAAUGCCCCUGCGCACCCAAGGAGGAGAGGAAGGGGAGAAGAGUGAAGAAGAGGCAGAAGAAGAAGAAAAAGAACAAGAAGAAGAGGGGGAGAAGAAGAGGAGGAGGAAGAAGACGAAGUGACGGGCCUGGACACCAUCCGUGCUCGCCCUUUGGAGGUCUGUCCACUCUCCCCUCCUUGGCCCUGCAUGGACGGGGAUGGGGAGAGCCGGAUGCUGUUGCCGCGGGGCUGAGCGCCUCGCCUCCCCGUCUUUGGUGCGCCGUUUCCGGCCACUGCUGCUGCUGAUCGUCGCUCUCUGCUACGGUGCCCACAUAGGUCAGUGUCAGGUGGCCACCCCUCAGUGCCGUAUCCAGAAGUGCACCACAGACUUUGUCUCCCUCACGUCCCACCUGACGCCCUCUGUGGAUGGCUUUGACACCGAGUUUUGCAAGGCUUUACGGGCGUACUCGGCCUGCACCCAGAGGACAGCCAAGUCCUGCCGGGGCAACCUGGUCUUCCACUCCGCCGUUCUGGGCAUCUCCGACCUCAUGAGCCAGAGGAACUGUUCCCGAGACGGGCCCACGUCCUCCACGGACCCUGAGGUCCACCACGAGCCCUGCAACUACCACAGCCGCACCCAGCAUGCCCACACACACUCCCACGCGCACACACACUCCCACGCGCACACACACUCCCACAAUCCGGGCCACAGCCACGUGCGGCCUGCGUACUUAUUCUGCGGGCUGUUCGGGGACCCCCACCUGAGGACAUUUAAGGACAGCUUCCAGACCUGUAAGGUGGAGGGGGCGUGGCCUCUCAUCGAUAACGACUACUUAUCGGUGCAGGUCACUAAUGUUCCCGUGGUAAUUGGCUCCAGCGCCACGGCAACUAAUAAGAUCACCAUUAUCUUCAAGCCCUAUGAGGGCUGCACAGACCAGAGGGUCUACCAGGCCGUCACAGACGACCUCCCUGCUGCCUUUGUUGAUGGCACCGUGAGCAGCGGGGACCCCAGCCACCCUUCCACUGGUGCAGAUGGUGGCACGGGGAAAGUCCGAGCACUGUGGAUCUCUGAGCGGAGCCCGGGCCGCCACGUGGAGCUGCACGCCGGCUACAUCGGCGUGACAGUGAUUGUCCGCCAGCUGGGCCGCUACCUGACCCUGGCAGUGCGGAUCCCAGAGGAGCUGGCCCAGGCCUACGAUGCCACCCAGGACCUGCAGCUCUGCCUGAACGGCUGCCCCAGUGGAGAACGCAUUGACCGGGGGGGCCAUUUGCCCUUGCCUCUGUCCCCUCCUGCGCUGGGCCUGCAGCUGCAGCAGCCACGGCGGCCCAGCCAGUCCUACGCUGCCCCCCAGGGUUUCGGGGUGGAAGGGGCACGGGAACGCUGCCGAGAACAGCUGGAGGUACAGGACAUUUACUUUCACUCCUGCGUGUUUGAUCUCCUGACCACCGGGGACGCGAACUUCACUGCGGCAGCAUACAGCGCCCAGAAGGACAUGGAGAGCCUGCACCCUCACCGGGACAAAUGGAGGAUCUACCCCCGCGGCUCGGCCACCGCCGCCUCACACUCUGACUCUCAUCCUAUCAAACGCCUUGCUCUCCUCCUGCUUUGUGCACUCAGCUCGGCGCUGAUAUAGAGCGUGUGCAAUUGAUGCUUGCUUGUGUGAGUGUGAGUUUUUGUUUGGGAAAAUGUGUGUGUGUGUGUUUGUGUGAGUGUGCGUGUGUGUGCAAUCACACCCACGCAAGACUUAUGUGAGUGUUUUGCUGAGCACUGAUAUGGAUUCCCCUCCUCAGCAUCCUCUGGAGGUUAUCUGCCUCUCUCAUGCGCAGAGGAAACAGCAGGCUGGGCAGUGACGGAGCACUAGAAGGCUUUCUGUUGCCACCAACAGACUGCAGAGACCGCAGCAACACUAAUGGCGUCUUCCAGCGAGGGCCAACACGGCAGAAUCAGCCCUCUGUGGAGUAACACCGGAAACACGAUGACACCUCAGUCUUUCCUCAUCUGCGGACAAGACACCAUUGACAGUGACACAAACGUUCCUACGUGGGUGGACGGGUGUGUAUCACACCACAUGGAUAUACGCUCCAGAUUGUAAAUAGUGUGUUUGUCUUCAGUGCACAGUGUCAUGGCGUAGGGUUUGAUUUUUUUGUGCUGUUUGUUGUGAUCUUUUUAUACCUCAGACAGAGGAUGUUUGUUUUAACAGAAGCACUUUAUUUAGAUUUUGUUUUUAUUUUAUUAUUUGUAAAAAUCCACAUCAGUGUUUUUUUCUUCUCGGUCACAGCCCUUUACCCACCAGACUAUUUAAUAUUUCUUUUUGACUCCUGUCUCUACAAGUUCACGGAACUCAGUGGGCUGGCGUUUUUGCUGAAAAGGCAUCUUUCUGACAGUAGCUGAGUCAGCUCAGCCUCUGAUUUGAAGUCAGUAAAUGUGAGUUUUUUCUCUGUUGAAUGUAUUCUGAAUGUUGUCCCAGCAACUGUCACCAAUACUGUUUUGUUGCAGUUUGAUUUUUGUUGUUUUUCCUCAGCCCUGAAUGAACUUUGUGUGUGUGUGUGUGUGUGUGUGUGUGUGUGUGUGUGUGUGUGUGUGUGUGUGUGUGUUUGUGCGUGCGUGUGUGUAUGUGUGUGUGUGUGUAUUCUUUUCACCAGUUUGUGUCUGUAACAAGCUUGAGUGUGUUGUUAUUUCUUCUGAGCUCCAUGUAAGAGGCAUUUCCGCCUCUUUGCCAAGAAGCUAUGAGUGGCUCAGCUUGUUUUUAAUGCUCAGCUGUUUUUUUUUUCUUCUUUUUUUUUUUUUUUUUUGAGCCAAAGACAGACAUAUAGUGGAGGCCAUGUCAGGAUGGUUUUCAUGUACAAAGAGAAUCAUAUCUCCCCACCAAACCAGCACCCACCCUCCCUCACAGUCUCCCUCUCCCCUUUUUGUAAACGUGCUACUGUAGAGUCUGUUUUACCCCUACUGCUAGAGCUGAGGAGCUGCUCCUCCACUGGGAAACAUGUAAGAGACUGGAGUGUAGGCAAAACACUGCAAAUGGCUGAAAAAAA